AUGGCCCAGCUUGUUUACGGCAGCUUUAUCAGAGUCUGGCGUGAGAAGGAAUCCGCUGUUAAAGAGACAAGGUUGAAGCGUCUGCUUCUUCAUGAUGCAUCACACCAAGUGCGAACACCCCUGAACGCCGUGAUCAACUACCUUGAGAUGGCCCUCGAGAAGCCUCUGGAGGAGAGCACCAAGCAAGCUCUCACGUCGUCCUACACAGCAUCCAAGUCUCUCAUCUACGUCAUAGAUGACCUCCUGAAUUUGACAGGGAGCGCAACUGGGUCCAUCCCGCAGCUCUCCAACCUCUUUGAUGUGGGAGUCUGCUUGGAGGAGGCCAUGGAACCUCUCGAGCGGCUGGCAAGGGAGAAGGGAAUCGAGGUUGUUCUCAAGCCCUGCACAGGAGCUGUUCGAUUCGUGCGAGGUGACCCAUCCAGUCUCCAACGGGCCGUCUCCAUACUGGUCGCCAACGCCAUUCAGCAUACAGUCAGGGGGCGGGUGUUGGUCGAGUGGACUACAACGAGCAAGAAAAUGGAGAGCUGCACGAUGCACAUUUCGGUCAGCGACUCGGGCCCCGGUCUCAGCGAACGAGCUCUCGAUGACAUGUUUCAGGAAUUUGAGCAGGUUCCAGACGAAGACUUUGACGAGCUCAUGGGCCAGUCGCUGGCGCCGAGGGACAAUGUCCUUCGAGUCGGUGUUGGGCUAGCCUUUGUGGCCCGCUAUGUUAAACAACGGAACGGGCAGCUGAGAGUGAAGUCAGUCAAAGGACUUGGCUCAACUUUCAUCAUCGAGGCGCCCUUUACCGUGGUAUCGCGCGCACACUCUCUGGCUGCACGUAGGGACGCAUCCCCGCUCCCAGCAUUGCCCAUGCCUGGACGCCCGUCGGUUUUGGGGUCGCUUCCCCCCAAAACACACGACAUCACACCGGCAGGAUCGUCAGGUGCGGGCCUGGGAUCCAAGAUGGGUGCCUCGCCACCCAUCCUUGUGCCGACACCAAGCAUUUCGCCCAUGGACACGGCGCGGACGCCGACGACACUCUGCUUUACCGUCUUGAUUGCCGAUGACAACAUUAUCAAUAUCCAAAUUCUCAACCGUCGCCUGACCAAGUUCGGUCACAAGGUUCUUGUCAGUCGCGAUGGCCAAGAGUGUUAUAACAUGUUUGCGGCGAAUCAAGCUACUACUGAUUUUGUCCUGAUGGAUCUCAACAUGCCUGUCGUCGACGGUUGGGCUUCGGUUAAGAUGAUAAGAGACCUCGAAAACGCCAGACCGACCCCAUCUCGCGUUGUCCAAGCCUGUGGCCGGGUCCCUGUCUUUGCCAUCUCUGGCAUGCUCCGGCGUGGAGACGAACAGCGGUACAAGGAUGUGGGCUUUGACGGCUGGAUGCCUAAGCCCAUUGAUAUGAAACGACUCUCCACCUACUUGAUCGGUGCUGUCGACGCACCAACACGGAAGCAGGGUGUUUAUCAAGAGACACACUUUGCCAUGGGCGGGUGGUUUCCCGAGGAGACUGUCCCACCACUUGUUAUGGAGAGGCAAUUGCAGCCGGAAGAGGAAGUCGUUGAGAUUGAACAUAUUAAGGAAGAAAAUCCCGAAGCAGCUUACAUUCCUCUUCCUGGCUGA